AUGGCAUUAGAAGCCACCCCAGAGCCAUCUGAACAAAAGGCCGGUGUAUCAGCGCUAGCAACAGGGGGCUAUACGUUCGCUGGUAUACCGGCAAUUGAUGACCCUUACAAGAAGCGACAAUGGCAACUUGAGCACAUGGCUGGAGCCUUCAGAGUCUUCGCUCGGAAAGGGUUCACAGAGGGGACAAGCGGUCACAUAAGUGUUCGUGAUCCAGUAGACCCCAGUACAUUCUGGAUCAACCCACUCGGCAAGCAUUUCGGCAUGCUAAAGGCCAGCGAUAUGGUUCACAUCGAUGAAGAUGGCCAAGUUAUAGGAGGCAACAGAGUAGCCGUGAACUCAGCAGGCUUCGUGAUUCACAGCGCCAUCCACAAAGCGCGUCCUGAUAUUCAUGCUGCCUGUCACACACACUCACCGGCCGGCAAGGCAUGGUCCACGUUCGGAAGACCGCUGGACAUUAUCAACCAAGACAGCUGUAAUUUCUGGGGAACGCAAGGUGUCUACAGGUCUUUCGGAGGUGUUGUACUGGAUGCCGAGGAGAGCGCAAACAUCAUAGCUGCUCUGGGGGACAAGGGCCGUGUGCUAGUUCUCCAGAAUCAUGGCCUCCUUACCACUGGCGGGACGGUAGAUGAAGCGGCCUACCUCUUCACGCUUAUGGAGAAGUCAUGUGAGGUUCAGAUUAUGGUGGAAAGCACUGGGCUUCCUAAGAGCUACAUUGGCGAUGCGGAGGCCAGAUUCACAGCAAAGGUUAAUGCAGAUCCGGAAACCCUGUAUACUGAAUUUCAACCAGAUUUCGAAUAUGAGAUUUGGAAAUCAAAGGGCGAGUUGUCAAAAGGAGAAUGA